ACAGAUUAACAAAAUUUUCCUUGUAGCUACUAGUUUUCUAGGCUCAUCAGGUCAAGAAGAAUUACUCACUCAACGAUUGAAAAAUAUGGAGUGUCAGAGCUGAUUAAGACUGAAGAUUUUAUACAGACUUUGACUCUUAUGCUUAAUCAAGCAGUUGAAAUCAACCAUUAUUCUACUGUUUUUGGUCAGCUUUUACCUUUGUGCCUUCAGUGUCCUCGAGAAGUUGUUAAAAAAAUUACAACACAGGCUGUUGAAAACUCAGGACAAAUACCAGCAUUAAUAGAGAUGUUGGAAGCAAUACCAGGAGUCUGUCAUUACAACGGUUCUGCCUCUUCAUGUGAAUGUUUGAUUGAAAUCUUGAAAGACGUCAUUAUCAAUGCUGAUCUGUCUAUAACAUCUCUGGAACAGAACAUUAUUACUUUUGUUCAUACACUGUUACAGAGACAGACUGAUAUCUUAUCAGUUAACCAGUUUCUUGAGGAGUGUGUAUAUCCAUUCCUGGAUCAUUCCUUACCUGAUUGUUAUGUGGAACUUGCCCUUAAACUCUUAUUGGUGAUUUGUGACCAAAAUAACCAAGUCAAUACAUCAGUCUAUUCAUCAAUGAAAAAUGUAAACUUUGCUCCUCUUGUAUAUUGUCUUUGUCAGUUAUUGAACAACUGUAUCUUAGAAUGGAAUGGCCAGAGAAAAGAUUUAAUUUUGAACUUAUUAAAUACAGUUCUUCAAUUAUCCAGAGAUUCAGAAUUUCUGUUGAUAGAAAGAGGUAAGACUUGGAUUGCUUGGAAAGUCAGAAAUUUUCAUCCUGCAGUGUUCCUGUACUUCCAGUUUUUUGCUAGUCUACCAUGUACUGAUGUUGAGAUUCCAUCCACCAUGGAGAUCUUACUGGUACGUGCACUGCUGAGCCAGGUUACUGUAAAGGAAAUUGCUUUACAUUUGUUAGAAGUUCCUGCAGGGCUAAAAUAUCCAACUUUAAUUGCAAACCUCAUAAAGGUUAUGGUACACAGCACAAACAAAGAAUGGAAAACUUUAGUUCAACUUUUAUAUCAAAUCACAGAGAGAGUGGAAUUUGAUAUAUGGUUAAACAAAGGAGCAAAUUUUCACAGUAAAGUUUUGCAUAUGCUGGUUGAUGGAUUAUUGCUGAUUAGAAGUAUGAAAGAUGAUGGUUUGCUGUGGUCAUUUCUGAUAGGAUGUCUGGGAAAUGCUGUAAAGGAUAUACCAGGUAAAAUAGCAUCAGUAGAAAUACUUUGUGAAGUCUGUCGCCUUGCAAGAAAUGUUCCUGCAGGUUUUGAACCUCAAAUUGUAUCUUGUCUUCUUGAUGUUCUUAAAUUACCAAAUUAUCAGGUGCCAGAUGAUCUCAUGGUCUCAGUAGUAAGAACAGUUCCUUGGAGUGAAGAUGUAAAUUCUUUCCUUCUAAAAGUAGAAUCUUUCAAUAAAAAGGAAUUAGUUUAGUGUGUGAAAUUAUUUAAAUUGUACCAAAAAAUUUCUUCAUAAUUAGGAAGUAUUUUUAAAUCAACCAUGUAUUUAAAAAAUGCUCAUUGAUGUUAUUGUUUUUUCAAAGUUUCGAAUAGAUAAAUCCUACAAAUUCAAAAUUAUUUCAUUUAAUGACCAUUAUAAAAAGCUCUGUCAAGAUAAUUAGAUAUUGUGGUUAUUAGUUGUACUUUGCUACUACAUCUUUCCAGUUUGUCUCUAUUUUUAACCAUAUUAAGUACUGAAAGACAUCCCCUCCCCCCUCUCUUCAAAUAGAAUAUAUUUUUUCAGAUAGAUGCUGUGAAAAUAAAAUGCACUUAGAAAUGAAAUAAGGAUUGACAAAUACAAACAUAAAACUGCAUUACACGCCUACUUAAAAAAAAAAAGGAAAAAAGAGGUAAACACUGGCAAAAGUUAUAUUUAAACAGCAUAAAUGUAACCACCAGACAUAGUAUGUUAUACUUCGUCUAAUAUUUGCCUUAUAUCCCCAUUUCUGAAGUCUGUGAUUAUUUUUAUAUCAUUUAUUGCAUCACCUGUACUUUAGACAGGUGUUGCACCAGUUAAACAAUGUUGAAACGUUUAUCUUAUUACUGAAGCAUUGAUUAGUUUAUCAUCAGCUAAACACAAGCCCCCAUCCCCAAUGGCUCAGUGAUAAGCCUGAAUGCUUUGAUGCUAAAAUCUGGGUAUUGAUACCCUUGGUGAACACAGCACAGAUAGCCAUUUACAAACAGUCAGCUAAUCAAUGUGCAGUUGCUUUGAUGUUACAAAACAUACACUGCUAUGCUCUAAUAGUUAUUAACCAGUUUAUUUAACAUGUCAAAAAGAAGUUUCAUAGCUUUUCUUCUGCUGUACAGUGUAUAACAAAAGUUAUGCUUCUCUAUGCUAGUUUGUAAUUUUGAUGCAAAAUUUGUCAAAAAAUAAUAUCUAGAUAAGUCAUUUUAGUAUGCACAAAAUUAAAACAUUUCAUUAUAAAGAGUUGCAUUUUGUAAUGUUUUGUUCUAGGCUAAGCUUAGAAAUUAAAGCAAAAAAUGAACUUUUUCAUAAAAAUCAGUCUAUAUAGUUAGGUUCGUUAAUAAUUUUCGGCAAUGUGGGCAAGAGUCAAAGAAUUUUACUGACUAAUUCGUAACUUAGUGACCCUUGACUUGUAACUUUUUGUUUUUUUAUUAAGCACAAAGCUACACAAUGGCCUAUCUGUGCUGUGCCCACUGUAAGUAUUGCAACAUGAUUUUAUAAGCACUAAGAUCAAGGGCAACUCAUCAAUAAAAAAUUACAAAAAAAUAUCUUAUAUUAUUAUUUAUAAAUACAGACUGGAUGUAAAGAAUACUUUGAAUGCCAGAAUUUGGCAAGUAAUUAAGUGUAUCUGUUGCAAAAUAUACAUGUAAAGGAAAAUUAUUUUAAAUAAACAUGCAGACUAAUAGACCCCAAUAAUUAUACACAACAUUCUAAUGGUUACACUAAAAGAAACAAUUUGGUGUGUUGUAUUCAAUAUAUAAAUGAUAUAUGUUUAAUUUUCUUUUUCAGGGAUUAUUGUACUGUUCAAAACAAGUUUUUUACAAGCUUUUAGACUUAAAAAAUAAAUGUCUGUAUGUAAAUAAGUUAAGAGGAAGGUAGAGAACAUUCACAAAAACUGAAAACAUUGGGCAAUACAUUGCAUAUUAUCAAAAGUUAAAGGGUCAAUUAUAAUUUCUUGCACCUAUGAUUGAACAAAAUAACAAUACUGGUGGAGUUCAUUGUGCACAGAAAGAUAUGAAUAGUAGUUUAUAAUCUGAUAUCUAAAUGUAUUCAAAAAGUAAUAAAAAAGCAUAUUUUCAGUUGUUU